AUGAGCUUCGACUGGCCGCCGUCCGUGCGGAUAGGCACGACGGUGAUACUGGUGGGCAGCGACAACAGUGGGGCAGGCACCGGCGGUAGCGGGCUGUACAUCGUAUCGCAAGGGUCAUCACAGUCCUGCCUUAAUGCAAGUUCGCCGGCGUCGACGCCGGGAUCUCCAGCAGGUGGAACAUAUCCUACGAGUACGAGCGGAGCAGGCUUUAACGGUCAUACAAAUGUCGGUGCCAUAGUUGGCGGUGUCAUCGGCGGCGUGGGAGGGGCCGUCGUUCUAGCUGUGCUACUCCUCCUGUUCCUCCGCCAGCGCAAGCGCGCCUCACAGACGCCGAAAGAACGGCCGGUAGACCUCCUGAAUGACGCGAGUGAGCACGACCAUGACGAUGGUGGCCUGCCACAAUAUUAUGAGCCGGAGCCGUAUGUCAUGCCAGAGCCGACGGUGGUCUCCACCGCGGAAGGAAGCAGUCAGGCGGGUUCGGAGCGGCGGCAGACGUUGCUGUCCAUGCCGAGCGUGCUGCGCCCUGGUACCCCGAACUCGCUUGGCAUACGCAGCGGGACGACAGGCUCGCGCAAGUCGCCCGCGCCGCCGACGCUACGGGCAGUGAGCAUUGUCCAGCACGAGGAUGCGGGUCCUCUGGAACCGGCAGACCAAGAGGAAGAACCGGAGACAAUGAAGCUGCCGCCUGCAUACACAAAUUUGAGAAAGCAGCCACCAGCACAGGCGGAUGUGUCCGCAUAG